AUGUCGUGUCUUCUUCUCAUUCGUAGCAUAAUUCAGAAUUCAGAUAUGGCAAUUGGAGCCUCACGUCUCAUCAACUGCCAGAGAUUGCAGAACCAUAUCCUUGAGAUAUAUCAGAAUUUUGGAGCUAUUUGUUUCAUUCUUUUUUCUCUUUUCAUACCAGUUUUCCACCAUUUCUAUAUGUAAAUGUCACAGGUUGAAUGUAAUUUUCUGAAGAAAAGGCAAUAGAAAUUUAAGAAUGUACUGAGGAUCAAUAGCUCAUCCUGCAAAUUAGGUUAAGUUUGUGUUUCGUUCCAAUGCAAAGUCACACUAUUCUAAAUGGCAAGGCCAGAGCAUCAUUCAAUUUUGGAACAAAACCAAACACAAAACUUGGUUCAAUAAGUCCCUCUGAAUUUCCCACCUCAAUUCCUGGGAGAACACAUGUUAGAUCAUGUCUUAUGAGGGCCAAAAUUCCACAUUGCCACGCAUUCGAAAGAAGCGUAAACCAAGCAGAAAUGACUGAUGAAGAUGAUGAUCUGUGUCCAGUUGAAUGCGUUAGAGAAUUUAAGACUGACGAGGAAUUGUUCAGAAUUCUCGAAACGGCUAAAAAAACCGGUUCUUUAGUGGUUGUAGAUUUUUAUCGCACAUCAUGUGGAAGCUGCAAGUACAUAGAGCAGGGGUUUUCAAAGUUGUGCAAGGGAGCUGGCAAUGGAGAAGCCGGAGUGAUCUUCUUAAAGCAUAAUGUAAUUGAUGAGUACGAUGAACAAUCCGAGGUUGCAGAGCGACUUAGAAUUAAGACGGUGCCUCUCUUCCAUUUUUACAAAGAUGGGAUUCUCUUGGAGGCGUUCCCAACCAGAGACAAAGAUAGGAUUAAUGCAGCCAUUAGUAAAUACACAUCGCCAGAAUCUGAAGAAGAUGAUGCUUGAGCUACACCAAUCCCUCAAAAUAUAUAAGAUAAGUGCUUUGGACUCAUUUGUGGAUUGUAAUAUAUUCGAGCUCCGGUAUGUUGGAUGAGAUUCAUUACUUUAUCUAUAUAUAUAGCGUAUAUAACAUUGGCGCCAAGUGUGAGGGAAUGCUAGACGUUUGGUAAUUUCUCCUCGGAUCAUAAUAAAAGAUCCCAUUAAAGCUUGAGACAAGUUGUGAAUUUCCCUUACAGCGAAAAGAAUUGGGAUUGGGAAGAAGUUGUUAAUAAUAGAUUACCGAGAGAGGUGACAUAGGGAUUGUACCAUUCAAAACUUUUAUUUUCAUGCU